UCCAGAUUCGUGUCUUGCCUGCACUGUGCCAUGACGCUGAUCGAGCCGCUCGAGUUUCGCCGAGUGCAUCUUGCCAUCCUGUUUGGCUGUGGGAUUGUGUUCAAGGGGCUAUGGAAGCACCUGACAGGAAGCCACCUCAUCGUGUUCACCGUGUGCGUGGGGGGUCUGUACCUGGCCAAGCUCAUGAAACCCAAGGACGCGCUCGACGAGGAAAUUGAAAAACUCGACGCGGCAUUGACCUCGUCUGACGGUGACGAUGUCAGAACGUAUGUCCGACCGACCAAGUUUAUCGUCCCCGAGGCCGAACGGGGCUUGUUCACGGCGAGGCAGCGGCAAUAUUCGUCGCUUCUGGGCGGCACACAAGCUCAACGGCGUAAAUUCCUUCGAAAGAAACCCCAAAUAGAGGACAAGAACGACCACAGCUUCGACGGCAACCCUGCCCCCUCGUCCAUCGCGAUGAAUUCCGCGCCAACGAGCGAGGAAACGGUAGAUACCGCAGUGCCAGAAGCAUCGGCGACCGACACAACUUCAUCCACCACCACCCACCGACGGCGGCGCUCCACACGAGCUCCGUUGGAUCAAUCGUGAUUCCCAAUCAACGCCAUGGUGUACAUUCGUCUCCAUGCACACUAUUAAUACCGUAACAUGAUCAAUUUAUGAUAUUAAUACACUGA